GAAACUUUCAGCGUUAACUUCAGAUAGAUACGAGUACCAACAUACUGGAAGAAAAGUAUCCCAUUGUAAUUUGCAUUUUACCAUUUCACCUUUCAUGUAAAGGUUCUCUUAGUCCUUAUUUUUACUGUGACAACGUAAUUUUGCAUCUCAAUUUUAGAAUCGAAUAGGCACAAAAAAAAUGGACGCGAAUUAUAUUCAAAUCAAAGACAUGCGACCUGGUUUGAAAAAUAUUAAUGUUGUGUUUAUAGUGUUGGAGGUUGGACACCCCACCUUAACUAAAGAAAACCGCGAAGUUCGAACUUUCAAAGUGGCCGAUCAAAGUGCUUGCAUAAAUGCGAGUGUUUGGGACGAGGCGGGCCAGUUAUUAGGGCCCGGUGAUAUUGUUCGUUUAACAAAGGGCUACGUGGCCGUUUGGCGCAAUUGUCUCACAUUGUAUACCUCCAAAAUUGGUGACUUACAAAAAGUUGGUGAAUUUUGUAUGGUGUUCAAUGAACAAUUAAAUAUGAGUGAGCCAAAUCAAAUAUUAGGUAUGCCGUCGACAGUUCCCCUCACAAACAAUGUACUACCAUUAAACAACGGUACCAACAACGGAGCGGGACGUAUAGGUACACCCACGGUACCAUUGGCACCGCCCAUUCCACCACCCGUAUCCGUAACCGUACAUAAUAAUACAGCGGUGUCAGCAACCAAAACAACAGCAAACGUAAAUCGUGUAGGAACAAACAAUCAAGAUAGCCAAAAACGAUCAAGAGGAAACAGAGGAGGUCAACAUCGAACCAAAACGCAGAAGCAGCUUAGUUGUUUUAAAAAAUAAUAAAACUAUACACAUUGUCAUA